UUCUGUGGACUUACUGGAUGGACGUUAUGGGACAGACUCAGACUACUCCUCUAAGUAUUAUGAUUGAUCACUUUAAGGAUGUGAGGGGAAGAGCUAACAACCUCAGUGUGGAAGUCCGAAAGGGUCGGUUGCAGUUUUUUUGUUCUAGCGAGUGGCCAACUUUCAAUGUUGGAUGGCCACCAGAGGGGACCUUCGACCUCCCUGCCAUCCACCGAGUCAGGAGUAUCAUCUCUCGGCCUACGAUGGGUCAUCUUGAUCAUUACAUUAUCACUUGGCAUUACAUUAUCACUUGUCAGGACCUUGUAGAAGACCCACCCUCUUGGCUUAAGCCCUUCCUAGCCCCGCUCCCUCUGGAGCCAAAACCCAUUCUUGCUUUGCAGGGGACAAAGAAGAAGAAAAGUCUUAUCCAGCCUUCAGCACCCCUCUACCCUGUCUUACAGGGGGGGGGUUGGAUGCUGGAAGAACACCAUCCUCCCCCUCUGGGGGAGGCAGACGCUGUUCCGAGAGCGGGAGGUGGAAACGCUCCAGUGGGAAGCCCGCCCUUUACCAGACAAAGGGCUCAGAGGGAGUAAUCCGCCUCCACCGCCGACUCCACUCUUCUGCCCCUGCGAGCCACCGGACCCCCAGACGCGGAGGGGAAUCAGCCCCAUCACUAUUGGCCUUUCGCCACUAGUGACCUCUACAAUUGGAAAGCUCAGAAUCCUAAGUUUUCCAAGAAACCGGCAGGGCUUAUUGAUUUAUUAGACUCUGUUCUUUUUACCCAUCAGCCCACGUGGGACGAUUGCCAGCAGCUUUUGCAGGUCCUGUUCAUGACUGAAGAAAGAGAAAGAAUCCUCAAUGAGGCCCGAAAACUAGUUCCGGGCACAGACGGGAAUCCCACCACCAACCAGGCUCAGAUAGAUGCCUUCUUCCCCUUAACUCGGCCCCAGUGGGAUUUCAAUACGGCAGAAAGUAAGGAGAGGCUCCAGGUCUACCGCCAGACUCUAAUGGGGGGUCUCCGAAUGGCUGCUAGAAAGCCAACCAAUUUGGCCAAGGUAGGAAAUGUACAACAGGGAAAAGAUGAAUCUCCGGCUGCCUUUUUAGAAUGGAUCAUGGAGGCAUUCCAUACCUAUACCCCCAUGGAUCCAGAGGCUCCGGAAAGCAAGGCAGCUGUUAUCAUGGCCUUUGUAAACCAAUUGACCAUAGACAUUAGGAGAAAAUUACAGAAAAUAGAUAGACUAGGAGAAAAAAGUCUGCAGGACUUACUGGUGGUAGCCGAAAAGGUAUAUAAUAACCGGGAGCCUCCUGAGGACAAGCAGGCUCGCGCCAUGGCAGCUGCCAGCAGUAAGCAGACUCGAGACCUGGCCAGAAUACUACUAGCUACCACUGCUGACUUCUCCGAGGAAGGAGACCGCCGUCUCUGGCAGCUGGCAGACGACGCAAGAAAGGGUAAAGGAACUACCAAGGGGGGGAAGCAGAGGCUGCAGAAGGAUCAGUGUGCAUACUGCAAGGAGAUAGGGCAUUGGGCCCGAGAUUGUCCAAAAAGGGCCGGCAGGAAGGGAAGCAAGACUGAUCGAGUAGAAGUCCUAGAGCUAGAUGAACUAAGUGAUUAGGGGAGUCGGGGUUCAGACCCUCUCCCUGAACCCAGGGUAACUCUUAAAGUGGAGGGGACCCCUAUUGACUUCCUUGUCGACACCAGAGCACAACAUUUGGUCCUCCACACCCCACAAGGAAAACUAGCCAACAAGAAGUCCUGGGUACAAGGGGCAACUGGUAUGAGCCAGUAUUCAUGGACUACCCGAAGAACAGUAGAUUUGGGAAUGGGCCGGGUAUCCCACUCCUUUAUGGUAAUACCAGAAUGCCCCUACCCGCUGUUAGGACGGGAUUUACUGACCAAGAUUGGAGCUCAGAUAACUUUCAGACAAGGGGGGCCUCAGGUCACCGAUGGCAACGGCCACCCCAUCCAGGUACUGACCAUGAAACUGGAGGAUGAAUACCUCCUCCACCAGGAGGCGCUCCCGAGAGAGGAUAAUAUAGACAGAUGGCUACAAGAAUUCCCCUCGGUUUGGGCAGAGACGGGGGGGAUAGGACUAGCCACUCAUAGGACCCCAGUCCUGGUAGAGCUCAAGCCAGGAGAGAGUCCAGUAAGGAUCAAACAAUACCCCAUGUCUCAGGAGGCCCGGAAGGGGAUCCAGCCACACAUCCGAAGCCUAGGAGUACUAGUUCCUUGCCAGUCUGCCUGGAACACCCCCCUACUGCCAGUCAAAAAGCCUCACACAAACGACUAUCGACGGGUACAAGACCUCCGGGAAGUAAAUAAGAGGGUCGCGGACAUACACCCAACUGUUCCCAACCCAUAUACUCUCUUGAGCUCCUUGGCACCCUCCAGGUUCUGGUAUACUGUACUAGAUUUAAAGGACGCCUUCUUCAGUCUGCCGCUGGCACCCCAGAGCCAACCCUUGUUCGCCUUUGAGUGGCAUGAUCCGGAGGAGGGCUACAGUGGGCAACUCACCUGGACACGGCUACCCUAGGGAUUCAAAAAUUCACCCACCAUCUUCGACGAGGCACUACACGAGGACCUGGGUGAGUACAGAAGGGAGCACCCUGGCCACACCCUCCUACAGUAUGUAGAUGACAUCCUGAUUGCUGCCGACACAGCCAAAGACUGUGAGUGAGGGACCCAGGACCUGCUGGCUACCCUGGGGGCCUUGGGGUAACGGGCAUCCACGAAGAAGGCUCAGAUAUGCAGGGAGAGGGUGAGUUACCUGGGAUAUAUCCUGGAGGGCGGACAGCGGCAGUUAUCAGAUGCCAGAAAAGAAACUGUCCUAAAGAUCCCGACUCCUACCUCCCGAAGAGAAGUGAGGGAAUUCCUAGGAUCAGCUGGCUACUGCCGCCUCUGGGUUCCAGGUUUUGCUGAGGUUGCCAAGCCCCUAUAUGAAGCCACCAAAGAGGGGAAAACAUUUAAAUGGACUGAAAAAGAAGAAAUUGUCUUUAAUCAGUUAAAAAAGGCUCUCUUAAGUGCCCCAGCCCUGGGCCUACCAGACAUUACGAAACCCUUCCACCUCUUUGUAGACGAACAUAAGGGAAUAGCAAAAGGGGUUCUAACUCAAGCCUUAGGCCCCUGGAACCGCCCAGUGGCUUACCUGUCUAAGAAACUAGACCCAGUGGCUGCCGGCUGGCCGCCAUGCCUAAGAAUUAUUGCGGCGACAGCACUCCUAGUCAAGGAUGCAGACAAACUGACCCUAGGACAGGAGAUCUGGAUCACGACCCCACACGCCAUUGAAGGAGUCCUGAAACAGCCUCCGGAUAGAUGGAUGAGCAAUACACGUAUGACUCAUUACCAGAGCCUCCUACUCAACCCUCCACGAGUGCGGUUCCACCCCAGUGCAGCCCUCAAUCCUGCAACCCUGCUGCCCGACCCUGACCUAGGUGCUCCACUACAUGACUGUGCGGGAAUCCUGGAACAAGUACAUGGAUUCCGGAUGGACCUGACCAACCGGCCCCUCCCCGAUGCCGAGGCUACUUGGUUCACUGAUGGCAGCAGCUUUGUGCAAGAUGGACACAGGUAUGCGGGUGCAGCGGUGGUCACCGAAACGGACACCGUAUGGGCGGAGGCUCUACCCUCCGGAACGUCAGCCCAGCGAGCAGAGCUCAUAGCCCUCACCAAGGCGCUGAUGCUGGGAGCUGGAAAACGGCUUAACAUCUACACAGACAGCCGUUAUGCAUUUGCCACAGCUCAUAUUCAUGGGGCAAUUUAUCAGGAGAGGGGGUUACUGAUGGCAGAAGGACGGACUAUAAAAAAUAAGCAGGAGAUACUUAACCUGCUUACGGCCUUAUGGCUUCCUGCCAAGCUAGCCAUUAUCCACUGCCAAGGGCACCAAAAAGCUGAUAACCCAGUAGCUAGAGGUAAUCGAAAGGCUGACCAGGCAGCCAAGGCAGUAGCCCUUACUCCAGUCCCCACCAUGACCAUACAACUACCAGACCCAGGAGACCCAGUUUUACCAGACAAGCCCAAGUACUCCCAGGAGGAGUUACAGCGGAUCAAGAAACUCCCCAUGGCCCAGGAGAUAAAGGGAUGGUGGUAUACACCUAACAAGGAGCUCGUGCUGCCAGACCAGCUCGGAGUCUCAAUAUUAGAGCACAUGCAUCGGUCUACUCACAUGGGGGCCCGAAAAUUAAAAGACUUAAUCCGACUUGCGGGAAUCAAGAUUCACCAACAGGACACCAAAAUAGAGCAAGUUGUAUCUGCCUGCAAGACCUGCCAACUCACCAAUGCAAGAGCCACAUCAAAUAAAAAAGGAACCAGGCUCAGAGGCACCAGACCGGGAGCCCAAUGGGAAGUCGACUUCACUGAAGUCAAACCAGGAAAGUAUGGUUAUAAAUAUCUUUUAGUAUUUACAGACACCUUCUCUGGCUGGGUGGAGGCAUACCCAACCAAGCAUGAAACGUCUCAGACGGUGGCUAAGAAGCUACUAGGAGACAUCUUACCCAGGUAUGGUUUUCCUGCCAUGGUAGGAUCAGACAAUGGACCAGCUUUUAUCUCGCAGGUAACACAGGCAGUAGCCAAGGCGGUGGGGGCGAACUGGAAAUUACAUUGUGCUUAUAGGCCCCAGAGCUCAGGACAGGUAGAAAGAAUGAAUAGAACCCUAAAAGAGACCCUUACCAAAUUAACCAUGGAGACUGGCAGGGACUGGGUGACUCUCCUACCGUACGCCCUUUACCGGGUUAGAAACACUCCUUACACUCUGGGUUUUACUCCCUAUGAGAUCAUGUUUGGCAGGCCACCCCCUGUUAUUCCCAGCCUUCGAGCUGAACUUAUUGCUGAGUUUAAAGAUCAAGAACUUUUUCUUUCCUUGAGAGGGCUCCAGAGGGCGCAUGAGGACAUUUGGCCGCGCCUCCGUGCCAUCUACGAGGCUGGCCCGACCCCGACACCUCAUCAGUACAGGCCGGGAGACUGGGUCUAUGUCAAGAGGCACCACCGAGAGACCCUCGAGCCGCGCUGGAAGGGACCCUACAUCGUGGUGCUGACAACCCCCACCGCUCUCAAAGUAGACAGCAUCACGACCUGGGUCCAUCACACCCUCGUUCGGCCAGCGGACCCCUCCUCGAUCCGGAAGGACUUCGUCACGCGAUGGGCCAUCAGUCGGGACCAACACAGCCCGCUCAAGCUCAAGCUACAGUGCAUUCGACCCACCUAA